CUUCUCUCAUAUUUCCCGUGCUCGCAUCAACUCAGCAUAUUUCCCCAUUGACUCGACGUGGGAAGGGAAGCAUGCAGCUUACGCCGCCACGUUGAAUCAUAUUCUUUCUUUGGACCCUGGACCGUGAUGGCAGUGGCAUGAUUCGGGCGCCUUCCCAGGCGAACCUCAGCCUAUCAACAUUGCCAUCCUGCUUCGAAUCACCGGAUUCUCUUCUAGCUUCUUCAGGUCGGACUGCUCUUCCCUGGACUUGCAUCUAGGCACCUUUCAAGCUACGGCGUCCGCGCCGAGCCUGCACAUCAUUGCUAGGACUUUGCAGAUACGCGCUGCUUCCAUCCCGGCAUUAGCCGGUAGCAAGCACAUGUACACGCUUUGGUGAAGGUCAGGUAACUUGCAGCUCCUCCGAGCACCCUCCGCUACUCUCCACCAUUGUGCGCGGCAAUUACGCCACCAUGCCAAAGCCGAAGAUCGACCUCUACGCAGAAGCGCUGACCAACAUCCGGCAAUUGACUCUUCAUGCGUCUCUCCAGAGCGAGAAGAACGAGCACACGAAGAUUUACAUCUCCUCGGACAAGAAAAUCAUCACGGCGGUUCACGAUGGAGAAUCGUCUAGCAUCUAUCUGCCCACUCAAAUUUCUGGCACUGCAAACGUCACGCUCCCAACCGAUAAACGGACGGAAUUUUCGGCCCGGUUACAGAUAGAAGACGUUAGUCAGUUGAAGGACAAACAGGACGAACCUGGUAAUUCGGAGGUGCCCUGGUCUGCAAGCGACCUCACGCCAGAAGCCGCCAUCCAAUGCAAAAACUGCGGUGCUGACAUUGUGCAAUCUGGCGAGAUCAAGACAUGGAAAGAUCUCCCCAGUGAUCAUUGGGCAGAUCUCAUGGACUUGUGGUUCUGUCACAAACCACACGAAGGAUAUUCGCCACAUGACCACGCCGCCGAGUCUAAAGGGUUCUCCGCAAAGAGCCAAGUCGCCACCACCGCUGGUGUAGGGCUCGUGGACACUGUCUCGUUCCUUUUACACCGAGAGGAUUGCCUCAACCUUCAGGCAGCACCUAGCUUGAGGGAAGAGAACAAAAUUGUAAGAUGUGACGUGUGUGAAACGAUGAUAGGAUCUUCUCAAACAGGGCGCUCCGGCACUCGACUCUACAAGUCACGAUUACAAGUUCUACCGGAUCCGGGACAGGAUUGGCAGAAAUAUCCGGCUGCCGUUUUCCUCGGCGCACAAUUACUGUCUCUUAUCGAGAGCUCUGUGAGUCGUAAGAUUGUGGUUCACCGAAGCAACGGUGAAGAUGCGACAUCCGGUAAGCUGGGCCUUUUGGUGUGGGUAUUCAACCCAGACAUCUACUACUCGAGUAGCAGACGAGGGCCUACUGCUCAUCGGGCAAUGAAGAUCUUCUACAAGGCUCUCGCAGAUCCUGAAACAUUCCUUGACGACAAUUCCAAUACCCACGAAGAGCUCGCGGUUCCAGAAGACGAUUACGCCGAAUUCAAAAAAGUUUUAUUCGAGAGCACAGAGAUACUCCCCGAGGCCGCGCAGACGUUCCAGGACUGGACGGUCGGGUUGCUGGACAGAUGGGAGAAACACGCGUCGGGGUCCGCGAAAAUGGACGAGAAUCCUCUCAACAAGAAAGUCGAAGACGGGUUCGAAGUGUUCAAAUUACCGGCUGGCAUGUCGGAACUGUACCUCUAAAACUUUGAUUUACCUGUACGAGAUUCUUGUAUCACACAUCCAGUCUCUGUUUUGGUUCUGUCAAGGUGUUGCACUAUCACGUAUAUCACGACAUAGAUCUCAGGGAACCCGGAACAUGUAGGAAUAAUCCGAAUACAAAUAUAAUUUCCGACGACUAUA